UUCUUACUUUUCUCACUCUUUUCCAAACCCCUUCUCUCUCUCACCUUCUUCUUCCCUCUUCACUUUCUCACUUCCAAGUUGAAGCUGUAGAAAACAAAACAACUUUCAUUGCAAAAUAUGGGUGCUUCGGACAACAACAACCACUUUCUUCAAGUUGUCUUCAAUAACUUCGACGUUCUUGCUCUACCCUUGGUUACGCUUGCUUACCCUUUAUAUGCUUCAAUUAAGGCGAUCGAGACCAAGUCUGCUGCUGAUGAUCAGCAAUGGCUCACGUAUUGGAUUCUGUAUUCCAUUCUAACACUCUUUGAGCUCACAUUUGCAAAAGUUCUUGAAGUGCUUCCCAUUUGGCCCUUUGCCAAGUUGAUAUUCAGUUGUUGGUUGGUUCUGCCUCAUUUCAAUGGGGCUGCAGUUGUGUACAGGAAUUACAUCAGACCAUUCUAUAUGAACCCGCAAAUCCCAAUUCCACAAGGCUCACAAAUCUGGUAUUUUCCCCAAAAGAAGUCCUUAUUCAGUGAGUCAGAUGAUGUUUUAAGUGCUGCUGAGAGAUACAUGGAAGAGCAUGGUACAGAAGCCUUUGAAAGACUUAUAAACAAGAAUGACAGACAGGCUAGGGCAAGGAGGAAUGGAAAUUACAUGAUCUUUGAUGACGACUAUAGAUAUUGAUCUUUGUUUUUGUUAUCUUAAAACAAGAUAUUAAACUUUGUUAAGGCAUCAUUGCUAAUAUUUCAUUUUAUCUUA